AUGGAUUUCUCAUUCCACUCGCACCAUUACAACAGAAUGCAGAUUUCAAGCCAAGAUUCCAAGCCUGAUAUCCUAUCACCAGAAGCGUCAUCUCAGGGCACUGGUAAUUUCACGAUGAAUGCCCCAGCGUUCAACCAAUUCAGUAUACAUGACUGGGUGAGAUGGAAAUCUCAGCAAGCUUCUAUGCCUCCUCGCCAGUAUGAAGAUUACAGUUUUCCUCGUGUUGCUGAUGUCGAGACUUACGGCUUGGGUCCGUUUUCUCAGGAACUCAUCGGGGAUCCAAAUGGACAUCUUGAUUACAGCACGCAUGUCACCCCCGCCAUAGCUGGCACAACCUUGGAGGCCUUGGCCCCUCAGCCUGCAGAUGGUCACUUAGAUUGGCCACUUUUGCAACCCUCCCAUGCUUUCAAAGACCAGCCAUACAGUUAUCCUCAGUUGGAACCUCUUCAGCCACCUCCAGACUCCCCGCCAUCGCCAUUUUCUGAAGUCUCCUCCUAUCACUCUCCGCAGUCCCUCGCUGCUUUGAGCCCGGCAAUGACUACCCAAACCACAGACCGUCUUUCACCACGUUCAAGCACUGGUGACAAUAGAGAGGAACGUCCUGGACACCCUCCCUAUUCUGUUCUUAUCUAUCAAGCUUUGAAGGAUGCACCGGGAAACAAGCUUCAACUCCAAAGCAUUUACUCCUGGUUUGAAGCAAAUACAGACAAGGGGGUGGAUCCAAACGCGAAGGGGUGGCAGAACAGUAUUCGCCAUAAUCUCUCGAUGAACGCGGGCUUCGAAGCAGUGAAGGAAGAAGUUGGACCAGGCAAAAAGGCAGUGAACUUCUGGAGGUUGACGCCGGAAGCUAUCCACAGCGGUGGCAUCCAAUCAACUACCCGUUAUCGCAAGCUUCAACACCAAAAGAAAGCAAUGGGCUCAGGGCACCGUGGGCCCACACGUCAGCCCUCAGAGAUCAAGGGGAUCCACGCUACGAAAGUUGUCAAAUCACGCAACACAAACAGCCCCCAUAGCGAGCGCACCGAGGCAUAUCAGCAGAUUCCAAACAGUCUGGGGCAUGAAUACGGUCCUACGAGUCUUUCAGCCAUGCAAAGAUACAUGCAGCACCCCAUGGGCCCUGUUAUCGGAUGCACCCCCGUGAUGCCAGGCAACAAUACGGUCUUCAUCGAUACCGCGGAACCAGGGUCAUCAUUUGACGUGGGCCAAAGCCAUGAUUGGUAUGCUCCGGAGUCGGGCUCCAGGGUCCCAUGA